CUUGGCCACUGUCAGAAACGGGAUAGCAAUCUGACAUGGUUGAGCUACUCUUAUAAGAUGGGAUUGGGCCACGAGCAAGGAUUUGGUGCCCCCUGCUUAAAAUGCAAGGAUAAGUGUGAAGGAUUUGAGCUUCAUUUCUGGAGAAAAAUAUGUCGCAACUGCAAAUGUGGCCAGGAAGAGCAUGAUGUCCUCACAAGCAAUGAGGAAGAUCGGAAAGUGGGGAAACUCUUUGAAGAUACAAAAUACACAACCCUUAUUGCAAAGCUGAAAAAUGAUGGCAUCCCCAUGUAUAAACGUAAUGUAAUGAUACUGACUAAUCCAGUGGCAGCCAAGAAAAAUAUAUCCAUCAAUACUGUCACUUAUGAGUGGGCACCUCCUGUUCAGAAUCAGACACUUGCUAGACAGUAUAUGCAGAUGCUUCCAAAGGAGAAACAGCCUGUUGCUGGCUCAGAAGGCGCGCAGUACAGGAAGAAACAGUUGGCAAAGCAGCUGCCUGCUCAUGAUCAGGAUCCUUCAAAAUGCCACGAGCUAUCUGCCAAUGAGGUGAAGCAGAUGGAACAAUUUGUGAAGAAGUACAAGAACGAGGCGCUCGGUGUAGGAGAUGUCAAGCUUCCUGGUGAGGUGGAAACUAAAGCUACAGACAAGAAUAACGUGAAUAACGGUGAUAGAGGCACCUCAGCUGCUGUAGGAGCGAUGGAGGGCAAGUCAGCAGACCAGAGAACAUCUCAGUAUUUCUGCUAUCGCUGCAAGCUGAACAUGAAAGAAGGUGACCCAGCUGUCUAUGCAGAACGUGCUGGGUAUGACAAAUUGUGGCACCCAGCUUGUUUUGUCUGCUGCACUUGCAGUGAACUUCUAGUGGACAUGAUCUAUUUCUGGAAGAAUGGUAACCUGUACUGUGGAAGACAUUACUGUGAUAGUGAAAAACCUCGCUGUGCUGGAUGUGAUGAGCUAAUAUUCAGCAAUGAAUAUACCCAAGCAGAAGGUCAAAACUGGCAUCUGAAGCACUUUUGCUGUUUUGAUUGUGAUUGUGUUUUGGCUGGGGAGAUCUAUGUAAUGGUGAAUGACAAGCCUGUCUGUAAACCGUGCUAUGUGAAGAACCAUGCUGCGAUCUGCCAAGGCUGUCAUAAUGCUAUAGAUCCAGAAGUUCAACGUGUGACAUACAACAACUUCAACUGGCAUGCUACGCAGGAGUGCUUCCUGUGUUCCUGUUGCAGCAAGUGUCUAAUUGGCCAGAAGUUUAUGCCAAUAGAAGGAAUGGUCUUUUGCUCAGUGGAAUGUAAGAAAAAGAUGAUGUCUUAAGAGAGAGAAGACAUGCACAAAACUAAGCAUCGCUGUGUUCCAAAGUCUCUUGCAUUUCUACUGUAAAGUAUAUAGUACUGGGGCAUUUAAGGAUAUUGAAAGUAUUAAACAGCAUUUUCCCAAAGAUUUUUUCCUAAUGAGGAGAAAACAUGCUCUGUAAUCUUCAAUCCUUAGCUAUAAUACUUUCUUCUUUAGGAUUUUGUUCCUGGGUCUUUAUGUAAAAUGUUCUCUUGUCACAAAUGUAGGAAAAAUGUGUUAUGAACUACAUAUACUUUAAGGGAGCUCUUCACUAUGAAGGAUCUUUUGCUAUAUCUUGUUUAAUGGAAGAAGAAAAUGUGAAAUAUGCUCCAUUUUUUCUUGUAUGUUAAAAGAUAAAUAUAGCUCUUCAACUUUGACAAAUUAAUUUAUCAUUUUUAAUAACCUCCCUGCUUUCAUCAAGCACUUUAGCCAAAAUGAUCAAUGUUACUGCCGCAUACAUUUUUGUUUGCUAGACCUCAAGUGGGCAGGGAGAACAGUUUGUGGUUUUCUGGGUGGUGUUUUUUUUUUUUAAUUAAGUUGCCUGUAAUUGCUCGCUCAUUGACACAUGGGCUAUUGAGGGACAGUGACUACCCUAACAUCUAGUUUAUGGAGUACCUAGAAAAAACAGUCUAAUUCAUAUUACUUUUUUUUCCUUGCAACUUUUCCUGGCUGGAGAUUUUUUUCAUUUUGUAAAGAUUAAAUUUAAACUUUGAUUUUUGAAGGGAUAUAAGAGGAGAUCUUGCCCAAAUUAAGAAAAAACAAUUUGACCUGCCUCUGUGGGUUUCACUUUUAUUCUUUCUGAACAGAUUUCUGUUUUUAUGAAUGUUCUUUUCAUAAAUUGUGCCUUCUGUCAGAGGGAUGUGGCACAGAACAGCAUGUGUAUUUCUGAGAAUGUCAUCCUGCAAAAGGUAACCAGAGCAGAAAAGUCUUUCUCAUAAGACUUCCAGUAUUUGAGUAAGAAGAUUGAUGGCUUUAUACUAGCUUUCUAGCUUACUAGAGAAACCAAAUGAAUUGUUUCUUGAGGUUCCCUUUCUUAAGGAUUACAGUUCUAUAGUAACUAUCUCUCUGUGCUGAACAAAAAUGGAGAGUCUUUUACCUCAGAGAUGGAGGGAGGGGAAGACUGCAAAUACUAUGUUCAGCUCUCUUGAAGCUUUAUGAUGCCUGUGUUGUAACACUUGAAAAUAAAAAGAAAUUGUUGCUCGC